UGCCUAAAUGACACAACUUGCUGGCCGCGCCUCCAUUGUGCGUGUGUCUGUCUUGACUGGUCGGCUCGCUGCAGACACCCAGGUUCUGAAUAUUACGGACCUUGCUCGUCUCCGUGUACCCAAGGUGCAAGAUGGUAAUAAGUAAGACAGCGAACAACUACGCGUUGCAAUUGCUGCCAGGCGGGUGAAAGCAUAGUCGACAAUGGCUUUGACUGUAAAGCAGCUCAACGAUGACACUUCAUUCAUGCUGACCUUCAAGCCGUCCUUCGCGCCAGACGACUGCAAGAGCACGCAUGCAUUUCCCGGAUCAUAUACCAUUCUGAUCGACCCAUGGCUCAGCGGUAGCACGACCAUCUUCCAUCACAAGUUCGCCACGAGCACCCAUACCUCUACCCCGACGAUCCAGUCCCUGAAAGAGGUUGAGGACGAGAUAGACCUGAUCAUAAUCAGCCAAGACAAGCCCGAUCAUUGCAACGAGGAGACGCUAUGCUCACUUCCCAAACUCACCAGGACGCGAAUCCUAGCAACGCCAAAAGCGGCCAAGAAGAUACGGUCGUGGAAUUACUUCGAACGCCCCGGCAUCGUAGAAGAGCUCGUGCCUUAUAGUGCUUAUCAUCCAGACACAAUCCUACGCAUACCCAUCGACCCAUACAGUUCAGCCAGUGCAGAGGGCGAGGUCACAAUCGCGAACAUCUCGACCAAAACCGACCUCACAAGGCUACAUAACGCCAUCGCAAUCACAUACUGCCCGCCAGGCACCUUAAUGACAGCACCAGAUGGCAGUACAGUCAACCUUUCCGACCUUCCGGUACUCGCACGCCAGGGAGUCUCGCACCCACUUUCGCGCAACCCUUCACGCAAACGACCCUCGGUAGCAAGUCCAAAAGGCAUCUUCAAAGCAAUCCACAAUCUCCCACAGCCUUCUCCAACGAGUCUCACAUCGCCAGACACAAGCCGUCCCAGCACAAGCGGCGCCCAAAGACCAAGCACAUCUUCAACGCUGAGCAAACGACAUCAAAAUCACGAAAACGUCCUCUCCAUCCUCUACACGCCGCACGGCAUCGACCCGCCUCUCCUACGCCCAUACAUCGAAACCCACCUCUCGCUCCUUCCCCGCGCGAUCCCAAUCACAGCUCUGUUCCAUUCCUUGAACAUUGAAUCCAACCCUAAAAUUCUUGGAGGCACAGUGAGCAGCGGAGCACCAGGCGGAAUCGAAAUUGUAAAAGAGGUGGAUGUGCGGUACUGGAUAGCAGCACACGAUGAAAUGAAAGAGAACGAAGGCUGGGCCACGAAAUGGAUCACGAGUCAGAAAUUCGAGGUCGAGGACGUUAUCCGAAUGCUGAGAGGGAUAGGUGGAAUCGCUGGAGAGAAAGGGAAGAGGACGAUUAUCGAAAUUCUCGGAACAGGAGGAGUGAGGACUUUAAGAGGAGGGUAA